GGCGCAGAGAGGGGACCAGCGUCGCCAUUUUUGUCGUUCAUCCAGAAGCCCUCCCCCUCCCCGGCGCAUCUUCACCGGGAAACCGUCCGACUUUCAGUCAAUUCAGUGGGAAGCGCCUGCUGCAUGCACGGUGGCGAAAAGAUGGCCUCACCAAGGACAGUAACUAUUGUGGCGCUUUCUUUUGCUCUGGGUUUGUUUUUCGUGUUCAUGGGGACCAUUAAGCUCACUCCGAGGCUAAGCAAAGAUGCAUACAGUGAAAUGAAAAGGGCAUACAAGAGCUAUGCCAAGGCAUUGCCGGGCCUGAAAAAGAUUGGGAUCAGCUCGGUCCUACUUCGUAAGAUCAUCGGCUCCCUGGAGGUGGGCUGCGGCAUGGUGCUCACCCUCGUGCCGGGCAGGCCGAAGGAUGUGGCCAACUUCCUGCUGCUGCUGGUCAUGCUGGCUGUCUUGUUCUUCCACCAGCUCGUAGGAGACCCCCUGAAACGGUACGCCCACGCUCUAGUCUUCGGUAUUCUGCUCACCUGCCGACUGCUUAUUGCCCGCCAGAGUGAUGACCGGCCGGAAAGAGAGGACAGCAGAGAGGAACAGCACAUCAAUGACCAGGAAAAGAACAAGGUCAAGCAGUCUUAAGAUCCUCUCCUACUUUGGUCCAAGCUACAACAAUGGGAACCUGGUGCGCCUCUAUGGAUUGUAGUAAUUCAGAUUUUGAAGGAAACAGUCACUCCCGGUAGUAAUAAUACCCCUCACACACAUCUCGUGUCUCAUCCGGCCGGCUGACUACUACUCUCACCUGCUCCUCUGCACUCUAAAUGUGAAACUGAGAACUCCUGACCCAUGCAUCCUUUACAUAACCGUGGACAAUCAUACCUGUGGAAACGCCGUUGAACUCAUCUCAUUGUCACAAUAGUCAACCCAUUUUCCCUAUUUAUUUCAGUCCUACACUGUGUUAAAUGUGUUUGUGUUCUUGUUAUUAGUCAAGUAUGAAUUUCAUUUAUGUUACACGUUGAUUUGAGAAUGCUGUUUUUCAUGGAAGAAUCUUUGUAGGUUGUUUUUCUAAUUUGUUUUUAUACUGUAGGUAGGAGAGAUUGAUGAAUUAUGAAUUCCAAUAGUUCAAGCAUGUUUCAUUUGGUCAAGAGUAUAGAACAUACAUCAAAAUGAGCACCUUUAAAAGAAUUUUGUACUAAUUAUACAUCAGCUAGUAUUACAUAUCCACAUCUUAUGUUGGUGCAGUGUUACCCGAAGGCUAUUUUAGAAAGACAAAUCUAUUCAUUUUUGCAGAUGUGCGCAUGAAAUCCUUUCUCCCAGAGUAAAAUAAGCUGAAUAUCCUCUCUCUCCUUUCAGUUCAGUUACCACAGUGAAGUUGUUUAGCUGGAAAAGACAGCUAGUUGCUGCCUCAGGUGUCUGCUGCUAGCUUGUACAGCAGAACAUAACCAAAUCAAAAAAAGUCUUUUUGCCUGUUAAAAAUUGAAUUUUACCUUUUGUAAUUCACACUUGAAGUCUUAAACCUAUUCACUGUCUCAUCUGUUUGUUUUUAUUUGUUUCUCUCUAUGAAAUAUGAAAAGCAUUCCUAUUACAGUUUUGUCAGGGGAUGAAAUCUCAGUUGAAAAUUGUCAGUUUUGAGAUUCACAAUAUUUCUGUAAAUGAUGAACUUAAAAUAAAGAAUUGGAGGUAAGACU